UUACCUUUUUCCAUCAGUUAACUACUUUAUUCCGCCACCCACAAAUAGAAAACCAAGUUUGUCACUCUCAUUCACACUCACUCAGACACACCACACACAGUGAUGAAUGAAUGAACGAUGAUGCACACUACGCACCCCUCACUCAACAACUCAUAACCUCUUAAUUACUUUCACUAAUUAACACUAAUCUCGACCUAAUCACUUUCUCCAUCGGAAAAACAAACUACUAGAUCUCGAUCUCCGAUGCCGUCACGGUGGCGGUUGUUGCUUCCGUUUCUACUCUCGGUGACUGUUACUUACGCAAUGCAGGUUCCGACCACCUUUUCCACCAAGCUGGUUCACCGAUUCUCCGAAGAAAUGAAUCCGGUUCCGGUUCAGACCGGUGACUUGCCGGUCCGGCGGAGCAUGCACUACUACCACAGGCUUCUUAGAUUCGACUUUGUCAGGCAUAAAGUUAACCUCGGUGGCGCUCGUCACCAGCUUCUGUUUCCUUCUCAAGGUAGCAAAACGAUGUCGUUUGGAAACGACUUAGCCUGGUUGCAUUACAUGUGGAUUGAUAUAGGGACACCGAGUACUUCGUUUCUUGUAGCAUUGGAUGCUGGGAGUGAUCUUCUUUGGGUUCCUUGUGAUUGCAUACAGUGUGCUCCCUUGUCUGCCAGUUUCUAUGCCAGUUUGGAUAGAGAUCUGAAUGAGUAUAGCCCUUCUAGUUCGUUAUCCAGCAAGCAUCUAUCUUGCAGCCAUCGGUUAUGUGAUAUGGGUUCAAAUUGUAAAACUUCCAAGCAGCAGUGUCCGUAUACUAUCAAUUACAUGUCAGAGAAUACAUCAAGUUCUGGAUUGUUAGUUGAGGACAUAUUGCAUCUUCAAUCCGGCGAUGGCAGUGGCAGCUCAUCUAACUCUUCUGUUCAGGCUUCAGUUCUUGUCGGGUGUGGUAUGAAGCAAAGUGGUGAAUAUUUGAAUGGCAAUGCUCCGGAUGGUCUCAUUGGUUUGGGACCUGGAGAGAGUUCAGUUCCGAGUUUUCUUGCUAAAUCAGGAUUAAUCCAUGAUUCUUUUUCGUUGUGCUUUAAUGAAGAUGAUUCCGGUAGAUUAUUUUUUGGUGAUCAAGGAUCAACCGUGCAACAGUCUACUCCAUUCUUGCCCUUGGAUGGAUUAUUUUCAACCUACAUUGUUGGAGUGGAGGCCUGUUGUAUUGGGAAUUCUUGUCCUAAAUUAACAAGUUUUAAUGCUCAGUUUGAUAGUGGGACAUCGUUUACGUUUCUUCCGGGUCAUGCAUAUGAAGCAAUAGCUGAGGAGUUUGACAAACAAGUAAAUGCUACAAGAUCAACCUUUCCAGGAUCUCCUUGGGAGUAUUGUUAUGUACCCAGUUCGCAACAGCUGCCUAAGAUUCCCGCAUUGACACUCACGUUCCAACACAAUAACAGUUUUGUGGUCUAUAAUCCCGUGUUUGUAUUUUACAACGAACAGGGAAUUGAUGGAUUUUGUUUAGCAAUACAGCCAACCGAAGGGGAUAUGGGAACAAUUGGACAAAAUUACAUGACGGGAUACCGGUUGGUUUUUGAUAGGGAAAACAAGAAGCUAGCAUGGUCACGCUCAAAUUGUCAGGACCUCAGUCUUGGUAAAAAGAUGCCCCUAUCCCCUCUAAACAAGACAUCAUCGAACCCGCUGCCUGCAGAUGAGCAGCAAAGAAUCAAAGGGCAUGCAGUGGCUCCAGCUGUUGCUGGAAAAGCUCCUCAAAAUCCUUCAGUUGUUUCAUCUCAGACAUCUCCAAUGCUUUCACACUGGCAACAUUGGCACUGCUAUUGUUUGCUUCUAUUUCAACUUCUGUUAGCCUUUUACUAAGACGUUCACGUUCGCACUAUUUCUAGUAGCCUGUCUAAAAGUGUUACAUGUGUAUCUAAAUCUGUCAUGUUCUGUCCUAGGUUUGUAAGUAUGUUAGAUCUUACACCCUUUCUAUGCUGCCUGUUGUUUUUAACAGUCAGCAUUAGAUUCCUAGAACUCGUAGUGAGGUUAUGUAAAUUAAUUUGUUUGGUAUUAAGGGUUCUUUUAUUAGAAAGUUUAACUCAUUUUUUUUA